ACAUCUGUAUUAAAAAAAAAUCAACUCAAUGUCACCCCCACGAAAUAAGGGCAAGGCUCUGGCCGCAAUUGUGGAAAAUGCUGCGUGGUCUCCUCGUUUUCGCUGUCAAGCUCUGCUCCCAAACCACAACAUAUCGCAAGCUAACGAAUUAAUAGUUACAGCUCAGGGAGCAGGCAAGAAACUUACACGCGGCAAGCGGCUUAGUAAAGAACAAUCAGCCAAAAUCCAAAAAGAACGUCUGGAACGCCUCCAAAAGAAUCAAAAGCGAAGAGCUGACCGGAAGAUCAUAAGAAUGCUAAAAAAAUUGAGCAUAAAUCCAGAGGCUGAGAAGAAAAGAAAAGAAGCAAUCAAGCAACGAAAUGAGAAGCGUGUGAGAAAGAAGAUGGAGAUGAAUCUGGAUCUCAAGCAAGAAAACGCUGCCGAUCAGCAUAAGUAGAGGAUGAAAGG